AUGAAAACCAAAGCUUUGCUACAGGUAGUGAUGUUGUACAGUGCGGUGAAGGCAGUAACACCAGGAUUUCAGUACACGAGUAAAAACUCAUCUGAUGCAAUAGGAAACCAACCUUGCUCCCUGGGAGAUUACAUAUCGAAGGCAAGGUGUCAACAAUCAGAAUUUGAACUCAUUUGCACAGCCGGCUUUACAGCAUAUUGGAUAAGAGGAAUGAAGCGAGAAAUAACACACCUGCGGUUAGUAGAUUGGCCCGGAGAUUGCUUCAAUAUCGGACAUUUAGAAUUCCACUACCCUGAGCUCUUAAUCUUAGAAUUUAUCAAUUCUACGAGUCUCAGGUAUUUCAAGGGUCACUUCAGCGCUUUAAACAAAAUUCAGAAACUGACAGUACACGGUAUGCCACACCUAUGGGAGAUUCCAGCCGAGGUAGUUUCUGAAAUGGGAGAAUUACGUGAAAUAAAUCUUAAAGGAAAUAUGCUGAGGCAUAUGAAAGCACGUCUUCUGGCAGGACCAAGGCGAUUAGAACGAGUGUACUUAAAAGGUAACAAUUGGGAUUGUAAUGAUGGAGGACUGGAUUGGCUGGCGAUGGAACCAGAAAAUGGAACGCUGAAAAGAAAAAUAGCAGACUAUUAUGACCUUGUAUGUCAACAACAACUCUACAAAGGAAAACCUCUGCAUAUCGUCAUGGAUAUUAUUAAGACAAUUCGUCGGACGUGUCCAGAUCCGUGCUCUUGUACGAUGACGCACAUCGUAUCUGACACAGCGGGUGCCGUGAUUCCACUCAUUACGGUAAACUGUGCCUAUAAAAAAUUGGAGUCCCCGCCUGCUUCGCUCCCACCAGGCACCACCACACUUCGACUUGAGGGCAACAAGUUAAAAUCAAUUGCAGUUAUUAUGCAAAAUAUUAUAAGUAAUCCACAAUACAAGAAACUGGUGGACUUGUACUUGGACAAUAACAGCAUAUCGGCAGUCAAGGAGCUGGAGGGCACUGAGUGGUUUACAACCUUCCGCGUGUUGAGUUUACGAGGAAACUUACUUAAACAGAUUCAAAUUUUUGCCUUCGAUAAAGCCUUUCAAGCAAACAACAAUUUAAUGCAUGUGUUCCUGGGAGACAAUCCGUGGCGGUGUGACUGCCUUUACAUACCUCGAUUCCAAAAUUUCUUACUAAAAUAUAAAAGAGUCCUUCGUGACCAAAAUGACAUACGUUGUUCAAAAACAAACGAUAGGAAGACUUCGCUUGUACAGAUCAACAAAAUACCGUUGGGAAACAUUUGUAGCAGCGACGAUGUUGAACUACCAAUAAGUUAUAUAAAUAUUAUUAAUUUAGUUUUACUUGCUCUAAUUUUGAUAAUAGUAGCUAGGUUUUUAUACGACAGGCACAAUUUUAUAAGAACUGGUAAACUGCCGUGGCUGUCUUCAAUAUUACCUUAA